AUGCCAGCAGUCCUCCCGAUAAAGCUGAAUCCAUCGCAAAUGCGGCCCGUGGCGUACCGGAUCUUCUCCAAGAAGCACGGCCUCAACUUGAAAUCAACAGGUCUCGAAACACUCACCGAAAUCAUAGGCAAAAACUACGGAACCGAAUGGCGAGGGGCCGAGGCUGCCAAAAUGAUGGAGGAGAUUUGUCGACUGUGGAAGGAGCAGGAGAUGGGUGUUUUUGUGGAGGGCAAGCCGCUGCAGGAACUGUUCGAUGAGAUCACAGCCAGCAAGAAGGCCAAGGAAAAGGCACGAGUCCAGGUGGUUUCCAAGAGCGUGGGAUUGACUGGAGUGGAGGAAAUCGAGGAUCGGGAAGGAGAGCCACAGGUGAACGUCAUCAGAGAAGCAGCUCCUUCUGUGGACGUUGUGUGGAAGGAGUUCUUCAAGGUGAUUAGUGCUUUUGAUCAGCCUCUUUUCCAUUAUAAUGCCCGCCAGCAACGGUUUGAGAAGCGGAAAACAAAACCCACAUUGUUCGCCAAUGCCCAAUCUGCCUCUAACAUGUUUCUGACUCGUUACCAUCUGGUCUACAACCGUCUAUUGCGCAAUGACGACACCACAGACCUGAAAAUCACAUCGAUCCGAUCUCUUAUUGGUCGACAGGGCGAGUUUUCCAUCUUCGGAAUGCUUUCCAAGAAUCCGGAGCAGAAGAUUUGUUUGCAGGACGACACUGGUCGUAUUCUGCUGAUCCUAGCAGCUGGUUGCAAGCCUGAUCCAGGAGUAUACUAUCCUGAAGGCUCCUUUGUCAUCUGUAACGGUCGAUACAUGAAGUCAGGAGACGCCGAAGUGUUUGUGGUCAUCACCAUGGGCCCUCCUGUGGCCGAGAAACGACAGGAGACCAUCACAGCAUACGGAAACAUGGACUAUCUGGGACUGCAUGGAAACCCCCAUGGUUCUGUGGUGAGACGAAUUGAACGGCAGGUGGAAGCAUCAAUGCUUGCCGAAGAGAAACGCUUGGUAGAUCAGAAAGUGAUUGUGUUUGGUGGAGAUAUGUAUUUGGACAAUCCUUUGACUCUCAAGGCUCUACAGAAAGUGUUUUCGACCAUUGAGCUUGAGUUUCAGGACUCUGGAACCAAGAAGCCUCUAGCCAUGGUGUUCUCAGGAGACUUCACUAGUCAGUACCAGCCACCGCAUUUGUACAAAAAGGGGUUCGACAAGUUGGAGGAGCUUUUCAAGGAGUUCAGCAGCAUUAUCACUGGUGUCAAGAUUAUUUUUGUUCCUGGCCAACGGGAUCCUUGGACUAACACUUUCCCGACACAGAAUGCAGUUGUUCCUCUGCAACCUCUUCCAACCACCAUGAUUAACAGAGUCGCCAGACUAUGUGGAGAGGAUGUUUCAAUGAGCUCCAACCCCUGUAGAAUGGCUUAUCUUACACAGGAUAUGGUCUUCUACCGAGAUGGACUCAGUGAGCGUCUGCGAAAGUGCAACCUUCAACUUGAUUCUGCCAAGGACGAUUCGGACGAUUCGGAUGAUGACAUUGAGAUUGACAACGAUGAAGUAAUGAUCAACGACGUUGUAGUCAACGAGCCCGAAUCGUCCUUCGACUUUGGAGAGGGGCUCAGCAACCUCACUCGACCAGUGGAUAUCAGCACUCCUAUGGCCAGCCAAGUGGGUCCUACCAACACUCUUUCAGCCAAGGAGGUGGAGUCUCGCAAGAUUGUGCGAACCAUUUGUGAUCAGGGUCACUUGUCUCCCUUCAACAGACACGACAGACCUGUUGCCUGGGACUACGACGAAACUCUAUGGCUCAGUCCACUGCCUACGAUCCUGUUUAUGGUUGACACACAUGCUCCGAAGUUCUCUCUCAGGUACGAGGAGUGUAUGGUGGUCAACCCUGGCCCCUUCCUGAACAGAAAGAUCGCCAGCUGGGUUGAGUAUGAUCCUUCCAAGAAGACAGUCAAGGAGCGACAGUUGCAUAUUUAG